AAAAGAAAGAAAAGAACAGGCAGGGAGCAAUCAACAAAAAGCACAUGGCUCUCACUCCUUUCAGCGGCCAAAUAAAAGGAAGAAACAAAGAAAGGAACGGCCAGCAGCAUAUGAAGGAAGGAGGCAAAGGAUUGAGCUAUCAAUUCACACCCGCAAUCAUUAAGCGGCAAGUAGCUCUGGGUCGGAAGGAAGCUGCACUUAGCAGCAAGAACGGGAGAAUACACACCAGCAAUCAUUCAGCCUGGGAGUCAAUUCUGGAUCGGCAACAACUGAAGAAAUUAGUCGGCAGUAGCUCAGGUAGCAAAUAGUUUGCUGGGCAUGGAGAGAAGGAGCUGAUCCGCAGAGAUGAAACCUGCUAGCAGAAGGGAAAAGGAGAACGCCGGCUACUGAAUUUUCGGUUUAUUUCAUCAUGUUUCAGUUUCAAUCUUAAUUAUUUCAUGCUUAGAUUCUUACUUUAAUAAACUUUAAGUCUAAUUCCUGGAGUAUUUCGUAUUCAGAAUUGCUAUUUACUUGGACAAUUGCAUUUGUUACUGAUGUUGAAUUACUGCUCAACUAUAUCAACAUAUUACUCUAGC